CUGCGCAUGUGCGGGGCCCCAGCCACCCAUAAACUACCGGAGGCUCUGCGGACCGCAAGCUAUGGCGCUGACGGACACGAGCCUGUUGCGCCAGUGUCCUCUGCUUCUGCCCCAGAACCGGGAGAAAACUGUGUAUGAAGGAUUCAUUUCCGCUCAGGGAAGAGACUUCCACCUUAAAAUAUCGUUGCCCAAAGAUUUACAACUGAAGAAUGCAAGAUUACUGUGUAGUUGGCAGCUGAGAACAAUACUUAAUGGAUACGAUCAAAUAAUACAACAGAGAUUGCAGCACUCUCCUGAUCUAAUGAGCUUUAUGAUGGAAUUGAAGAUGGUUUUGGAAGCUGCUUUAAAGAAUAAACAAGAGCUAUAUGUACCACCUCCUCCACCCCAGUUCUACUCAUGCCUUAUUGAAGAGAUAGGAGCUCUUGGUUGGGAUAAACUUGUAUAUGUGGAUCCUUGCUUUAGCACCAUUAAGUUAAAAGCUGAAGAUGCUUCUGGUAGAGAGCAUCUAAUCAAUCUCAAGUUGAAAGCAAAGUACCCUGCAGAAGCACCAGAUUGUUUUGUGGAUUUUCCUGUUCCAUUUUCUGUUUCUUGGACACCACAGAGCUCCUUAAUAAGCAUUCAUAGUCAGUUUUUGGCAGCAUUAGAAUCACUGAAGGCAUUCUGGGAUGUUAUGGAUGAAAUUGAUAUGAAGACUUGGGUACUUGAGCCAGAAAAACCUUCACGGAGUGCAACGGCACGCAGAAUUGCAUUAGGGAACAAUGUUUCAAUAAAUAUUGAGGUAGACCCCAGGCAUCCCACUAUGCUUCCUGAGUGCUGCUUUCUUGGAGCUGACCAUGUGGUAAAACCGCUGGGAAUUAAGCUGAGCAAGAAUAUACAUUUAUGGGAUCCAGAAAACAGUCUGUUGCAAAACUUGAAAGAUGUUUUAGAAAUUGAUUUUCCAGCUCGUGCUAUCCUGGAAAAAUCUGAUUUCACUAUGGAUUGUGGAAUUUGUUAUGCUUAUCAACUUGAUGGUGCAAUUCCUGAUCAAGUGUGUGAUAAUUCCCAGUGUGGGCAACCUUUCCAUCAAAUAUGCUUGUAUGAGUGGUUGCGAGGACUACUGACUAGUAGACAGAGUUUUAACAUUAUCUUUGGUGAAUGUCCAUAUUGUAGUAAGCCAAUUACCUUGAAAAUGUCUGGGAAGAAAUCCUGAAAUGAGAACAUAAUAUUUCUGUGAAGAACUGGAAACUUAAAAUUUUACCAAAAGGAUUUUAUCUAUCUUCAGAGAAAAUACAGAGUGAGAAAUACUAAAAUCAAAAGAAAAAGUAUGAUUAAGCUGUAACGGUACACAUCUGCCUUUGUCUCUUCACUAAGAGUGAACUGGGAAAUUGUAGGCCAAAGUCCUCUACAACUUUCUAAGUCUGUGAUGCUCAUUCUGAUUGUGGAAGUAUCAUAUGUAUACCAGUAUGGAGAUUCUGACUUGCUGAAUAUAUCUGGACUGGUAAAAUCUUGAUGAUAUUCAUGAAAUGCAUUUGGGAGUUGUAUACAGCUGGAUUUUUGUGGGGAACUUUUUACUUCAUUGAGAAAUUCUUGAGGCUCAUGAUAUAUUUGUCUUCUCCUUGAGCUUUCCUAUGGAAAAAUACAUAUAUAGUUUGUUAUUCAAGUAUUUAUUAUGUGUACUCUAUAAGAAUGCUAAGAAAAACUUGGUAUACAGCAUGAUCAAGAUUUUGUGCACAUGGUUUUCUGAGAAAUUAAUUUUUAGGGAAAGAUCCUGGAUAUUAGAGUUUAUAAAAUCCUGACAUCCAAUAAUGAAACCUGAUUGAUUUGACUGGUUCUUUGAAACUACGUUAGCUAGGCCAGCUCUUAAAUAAUUUCUAAUGCAAAGUAUAAAAUUUUAAAGAAAAUUUUCAUCUAGAUGCAUAUUUUUAAAAAGUGUCCUUGACAUUUACUUAACUUUACAUUAUGCACAUAUGCCUAAGAUCUGUGUUUUUAAUCUAAUAAUAGGAUAGAAUAUUGAAAGUGAAUUUUCUUGGCAAGACAAAAAACUUGGUUUAAUCUUAUAGGAGUAAGUAAGUUAGUUGUAUUUGGAAGCUUUUGGUUAAUAAUUAAUAUAAAAUAUAAUCAUUCUCAACCUUUUGCAUACCUUGGUAACUCAGAGGCUAUACACAGCCAGAGGAAUUGCCCCAGAGGAGAAUAUUGUGGCAUACCUUUUGGAAAGCUACAGCUACAGACCAACCACUAUAGACUAAGUCAACAUUGACAUAAAACCAAAACUUAGUUGUAAGAAAGUUUUAGGAACUGCUUCAAAGUUUUCAGUAUUAUUACUUUGGCCAAAGCCUCAAGAAUCAGUUUCUUGCUCACCAUCUAAGUGGCUUAAAGUCAAAAGUUGUUCUAUUUCUGCUUCACCUUGGUGACCUGGGCUGCCCGCUCCUCAUACCAUUUUUCAAAUAAAUUAAAAGAGAAACUUACAAAACUAGACAAAAUAUUUUAAUCCUCCUCCUUGUUAAUUUCAUCCAGACCAUCUGAUGCAGUGCCAUUGUUCAGAGCAGCCACCUCUAAAUAGCCAUCCCCCCCCCCCCCCCUUUUCAGGAACCAAAGUUUUAGAAGGUCAGAAAUGACUUCUGAAACAAGAGAGACGUUUAGGAGGCUCUUAAGCUUUCCUCAUUGAAAAAAAAAUUACUUGGAGUUAGGUAACUAACUUUAAAAUACUCUUUAAAACCUGAGAGCUAAUAAUACAGUUUUCCUAAAGUUCUGUUAGCUCUAUUACUAAAAGCAAAAUAAGUGAGGAGUUACUCCGAUGGGCCCCAUAAGCAUUUUCUUCCAUAAAGAAAAAGAAAAAUGCCAUCAAAUGGUAUAUUUCUAAAGUCCCAGUGAACUUAAGCAGCAUUUACAUAUUACUUACUUGAUUGUGGAAGUGGGAGGUGGGUGUCAAGAAUAGUCAAGUUAUUAAAACUUUAAGAUACAAUUGUGUCUACUGUGUAAUUACCUAGUCUCUCUUUAAGCAACAACAAAUGAUUUCAAUAGGAAGACCCUCAUUAAAGGAUUUAACCACCAGCUGUCCAGAUGAUAAAUCUGAUUAAAAAAGACAGUCUAUGGCAAGGAUCAGCAAAAUGUGGCGCAUUGGUUAGCUUCCUGUUUUGUGAAUAAACUUGUGUACAAUACA